UGAGAGAGGGAGAGACUGGUGUUUUUUCUUCUUCCUGCACUUUGGAAAUUUGCACUCGUGCGGUCGCGCUCACCUGCUGGAGCUGUGAGCUGCUGCUUUCACUGGAUAAUCUGAGCUCAUCAUUUCUUUCAUUCACACCCGGGCAUGAUGCGCUUCCCUUUUCCUGUAAUGUGAAAGUGAUCGGCUGCAGGUGUUUGCGCGCUCUGAUUUGCGCCAGCCAGGACUGGCAAUAUGUAAUUAUUUCGGGGGUGGACAGACGCCGCUUUCUUUUCUUUUCUUUUUUCUUAUUUUUUUACCUGGAGAAGUACAGUGGACCUAUCCCUGCUGGAAUUCCCUCCUUCGUUGAACCAGUCUCUGCUUUAGUUUGAGGACCAGAACAGACUGAAAUACAGUGAUGGUCCGGGCUGAGCCGAACUAAAAGAAAAAGAAAAAAGUGGAUUCUGUUUGGAGACUGCUGUUGGACUGGGUAAAAAUGAAAGUUCCCAUCCCUCUCCUGAUCUUGCUACAUGCUUUCGUGGUCCAUUGCCUGAAAGUUGUGUCUAAGAGAGGUUCAGUGGAAGGCUGCACGGAUUGGUCGGUGGACUACCUGAAAUACAAAGUCCUGCUGGGCGAGCCGGUCCGCAUUAAGUGCGCUUUAUUCUAUGGAUAUAUCCGGGCCAACUACAGCCUCGCACAGAGCACAGGUCUUAGCCUGAUGUGGUACAAAAGUGCAGGGCAUGGGGAUUUUGAGGAGCCCAUCAGUUUUGACGGCACGAGGAUGAGCAAAGAGGAAGACGCCAUUUGGUUCCGGCCAGCCGAGUUGGAUGAUGUGGGCUAUUACUCCUGUGUUUUAAGGAACUCCACUUACUGCAUGAAGGUGUCCAUGUCCCUCACGGUGGCAGAGAACGACACAGACCUCUGCUACAACUCCAAAAUGAGGUUCUUCGAGAAGGCAGAGCUGAGCAAAAGCAAAGACAUCACCUGCCCAAAUAUUGAGGAUUAUAUCCAGCCCGGGGUGGAGCUGAAAAUUGUGUGGUACAAGGAAUGCAAGCCAAAGCAGUGGAGAGAAACCAUCGAAAGAAGAAAAGACAUUCUGUCCAUUAAGGAAGUGAGGGAAGACGACAUUGGGAAUUACACUUGUGAGCUGCCUUUUGGGAAUUUUGUUGUACGGAGGACAACGGAGCUGUCAGUCACAGCUCCCGUGACUGACAAGCCGCCAAAAAUCCUUUUCCCUUCCGAGAGCCAAAUGAGCAUCACAGAGAUGGCGCUAGGAAGUCCUGUCAACCUCACGUGCAGAGCGUUCUUCGGCUACAGCGGAGACGCCAGCCCACUCAUCUACUGGAUGAAGGGGGAUAAGUUUAUCGAGGAUCUUGACGAGGAACGAGUUCAAGAAAGCGACAUCAAGACAAUCCGUGAACACCUGGGGGAGCAGGAGGUCUCCAUCUCUCUGACCAUCGACUCACUGGAGGAGAACGAUCUGGGAAACUACUCCUGCCACGUGGAGAACAACCAUGGGCGGCGGCAGGCCAAUGUUCAGCUCACAAAGAAAGCGGAGCUGAUGUACACUGUGGAGCUGGCUGGGGGUCUGGGAGCCAUCCUGCUGCUGCUCAUCUGCCUCGUUACGCUCUACAAGUGCUACCGGAUCGAGCUCAUGCUGUUCUACAGGAACCACUUUGGCAGCGAAGAUAUCGACGGCGACAACAAGGACUAUGACGCCUACCUAUCCUACACCAAAGUGGACCCGGACCAGUGGAGCCAGGAGACCAGAGAGGAGGAGCGCUUUGCCCUGGAGAUCCUCCCCGAUGUGCUGGAGAAGCAUUAUGGGUAUAAACUCUUCAUUCCAGACAGGGACUUGAUCCCCACAGGAAGUUUCACCAAUGAUCAUUUCCAGGAUGAUACAAGACUUCUUAGAGCCUACAUCGAGGACGUAGCUCGCUGCGUGGACCAGAGCAAGCGCCUCAUCAUCGUCAUGACGCCCAGCUACGUGGUGCGGAGGGGGUGGAGCAUCUUUGAGUUGGAGACGCGGCUGCGCAACAUGCUGGUGACCGGCGAGAUCAAAGUCAUCCUGAUAGAGUGCGCCGAGCUGCGCGGCAUCAUGAACUACCAGGAGGUGGAGGCCCUCAAACACACCAUCAAAAUGCUGACGGUCAUCAAGUGGCGCGGGCCGUCCAGCAACAAGCUCAGCUCCAAGUUCUGGAAGCAGCUGCUCUACGAGAUGCCCUUCAAGCGCAUGGAGCCCCUGAGCAUCUCGCACGAGCAGGUGCUCGACGUCAGCGAGCAGGGCCCCUUCGGCGAGCUCCAGACUGUCUCCGCCAUCUCCAUGGCCGCGGCCACCUCCACCGCCAUGGCCACGGCGCACCCGGACCUGCGCUCCACCUUCCACAACUCCUGCCACACCCAGCUGAGGCAGAAACACUACUACCGUAGCUACGACUACGACCUGCCGCCCGGCGGCACGCUGCCACCCCUCUCCUCCCUGGGCACCCAGCACACCUACUGCAACAUCCCCAUGACGCUGCUCAACGGGCAGCGGCAGCAGGCCAAGUCGCCGCGCCAGCAGAGCAUGGAGGAGGCCCACGGCAACAACGCCAUGCUGCCGCUGCUCCCCAGGGAGACCAGCAUCUCCAGCGUCAUCUGGUGACAAAGGCGACACCGGGCAGGGCGGACUGUGGAUGGGAACUGUGCCCGUCGCGGGGCGGGCUCGGACCCUGAAUACACCGGAGCCAGACGGACGGAUGGCACCGAGAAGCUAGCUGCUGUUAAAUUUGCACGAGGAAACAACAGGGGAAGAAUAGACACACCUGAGCUGGGCGAUGGGAACUUUUUGUUUUUUGUUCCAGUGAAAACUUUUAUUAAAACGAAACGACAAUAAAAAAAAAAGAAAAUUCAAAAGAGGACAUUUUUGUAUGCCUGUAUAAACAGUCACGUAACACAAGCCAACACUUAUGAUAAUUUACCCGAGAGUCAAAGGAAUACAGGGUUUUGUACAUAUGUUUUUCUAAUUCUUCGUAGCAAAAGUGUUUUGGGAAUUGUUCCUUUUUUUUCAUCAGUUGGGAAUUGUUUUAUUUUUUGUUUCCGUUUGUACUAAAGUGAGGACUGUAAGAUGUGUUGGUAAAACCGUUGUUACCUUUUAUUCUGAUUUGUUGGCUGGUGUUUAAAAAGAUUUUGGUGGGGUUUUCUUUUUUUUCUUCUUUUUUUCUGUUUUGGUUUGGUUUUCCUUUAAGGAGAUGAAAACGUUUCUAGUCACAGCCCUCAGGAAAAGGGUGAGAUUUUAGGGUUGGGAGUUUUAGGCUCAACCAGAUUAUGCAACAUUUUAAGAGUCCUGGCAGUGGGAUGGGUUUCCCCCUCCAAAAAAAUAUUAUUUGAACGCUUUGGGAAAAUGAAGAAUAUGGUGCUAGGCUUCACAUCUCUGUUUGUCUCACAGUGACAUUUACUUUUAGACAGCCUUGCUAUUUACAUAAACAGAUGAUUAUAUCACUAAAAAGUAAUUAUGUGUAUUAUUUUCUGAAAAACAAAUGAAAGUAUAUUUUUGUAAUGGGGAUAUUUAAUUAGAGAUGGUAUGAAGUUUAUCGUGAAAGGAACUGGUUGGGUAAAAUAUUUUUUGUUUUAAUAUGUGAAACUGCAUAGCUCACACAAAUCAAUGGGUCACUCACUAAAUGUGUUGCUCUUAUUUUGUAAGAUGGAAAUAUAUAUAUAUGUUUUCAUGAUUGUUCUAACAUUUCAAACAAACUUUUUUUCUGUUAAAUUUCACUGUCGUUUCAGCUACUCUCAGCCACUUUAACAGGGAUAAAGCUAUCGAUGAUGUCAGCACGGAUGGAAGAGAAAGCUAUUGCCACACGAAGCAUUUACUCGAGUUUUUCUUCCAUAGGACCAAACAAGGCUGUCCAGGGCUAAUUCGUCGUCUGCGCUMCGUUUCCUCCUCUGUUACUGGUUUGUCAUCCCUCUUGAAGUGAUUUGUCUGACUUACUAUUUCAGAUAAAUGCAAAAAAAAAAAAAAGACAAAACAUUGAGACAGGCAAUGCUUUGGUCAGGAUAUGUGGACAAGGAUAAUAAUUUCAAAAUCAUUCAGGAAACAAAGACURGAAUCGCCAUAAAAGAGUCAUGUUUACUCCUUAAGAGGGUUCACCUUUCAGUAAUUAUUUUCCUGCAUCAAAAUUCAUAUGUUUUCCUAAAACACCAGUUUGGAGUUUCUGAAGUUUCAUGGAAAGGUUAUGAACAAUUCAUAUUUAAACCGUCGGCCUGUUGCACAAGUUGGUUUUUUGGAAAUKAUAUGAUUCAGAUGAAGGAACGGCUAGUCUAAACAGGACCAAUUCUACAGUUUAUUGCUGCCAUCUUAAAACCAGUCUCAAACAUGUUGUACAGUUAUCAAAGUUGUAUUUUAGGGAGCAUACCUGUGUUGUCACCAGGUUAAUAAGGAACGUCAUGAAAGAUGCUUGGUUUCCCCUUCAAAUGUCUUGUGAUACAAAUGAAGAAAUAUACUGAAUUACAAUGAAGGCAUUGUACCAGGAAACAUAAGUAGCAUUUUACAGUACCUAUGUUUUUCUAAUACGAUGCCUGCACUGUAAUUCAUAUUGCUUUAUUUAUUGUUUAAGACAUUUAAAUGGUAAGUCAAGCAUCUUUUAUGAUUUUCAUUAUUAACCCAGGGAUAGUUACUGGAGAGCAUAGGUACAAUCUCUGGUAAAACAUUAGUAGAGACGGAACAAAUGGCUAUUUGAAAGGAUCCGGAUCAAGACAAUCAGUUGGUUUCAUAGAGCCUUUCAGAAGGGCUGUUCGAUUUUGAACAAGUUACGUCACCACACAGGGAGAUGUGCCACAAAGUACGCUGAUGAAGUCAACGUGUCACGUGGAUGGAACCAUGUGUUUUGUUAACCUGCCUUCUCCACAUCUCURCCAGUUUUCUGUGAAAAAGCAAAGACGGAGCGAUUGUCUCUGUGGUUUAGGAAGCAAACAAAGAUGUUAUGAGGCUCUUUUCUGCCCGCAACGCAGUUCCUAUCGUUCACUGUAAGGAGCCGUUCAAUGAAUUCAAGAAUUAAGGGGACAAAUUUGUAGUUGGCAAGUCCAGACCUUAUUUAAUCGCAAAAAAAUUGACGUAAUACUUCUGAAAAUGAAGAAAAUAGAGAAAACUGAAUAAAUACACAACAGUUGUAUCUGUCUAUUUSACUGCUGAAAGUGGAUUUUUCAUGAUACAACUCUAAUAGUAAUGCUGUCUUCAGUAUAAAAUGAAACUAAACCUUCAUGACCAUAACAUAGCCAACAAAUCAUAAACACUUUAAAUUCAGGUCACAUCUUUUUCACACAGUCUACAUUGAAGCACUGAAAACAGCAUAAGAAAUGAAUUCUCUAACAUUAUUUAUCAUUAUUAAUCAUGCAAGCACUAUUUUAUAAACUCUUACAACACUCUGCCUUACAGUUAUUUGCAAGCUAGCUGGUGCACUUAUGCUGCAUCCGGUUACCGGAUACCUUCCUUCAAAAAUAUUGUAUUUCUGUCUGGGAUAACCAUGAAUAGAGCAAUAUUUGCAUGAACUAUUUGUGAAAGGUUUGAGACUGGAGUUGCUUUAUGAUUGAGCAAUUCACCUUGAUCUGGGCCCAGCUCUGACUAGCCGUUCGCUUUUCAGUUUUGACAAAAGUAAACAGUUUGUCCGAAACAAAGUUCUUCAAAGAGCUAUCUGCAACAGAUGGGUAUCCAUUGUUCAAACAUUUCCACAGAAACCCCACUACAAAACAUCUGAAGUGUUGCAUUACCCACUGGUGAUGUACGUCUGUGACACAAGACAUUAGCUGUGACCAAUUAAAUCUUGAAAGUGCCAAGGUGCACUUGUGCUUGGUUGUCCCGCAAACGGCCAACAGUGAGACUGAAGACAAAUAAAAGGAAGUCAUGUCUGAUAUUUGGUUCCUCCAGUGAAUGAUGGAUGACAGUAGUUUUUAAUUUUUUAAAAAGUUUAAAAAACUUUUUUUCUUCCCCAAACCAAAGCAAGGUGAGGUCAACAACUCCCAUCCAGAAAAAAAAAACCUCAUUGAGAUCAGUUUCAUCUUGUAAAGAGCUAUUUUCACACGUCUCUUCAGAUCAAAGAUGGCGAGCCGAUUGUUACUCCUCCAGCAGUUGUGCCAUAUCUUUUUUAAUUUAUUUAAAAAGACUAACUUCAUACUAAAAUACACGCAGCGUCUGAAAUGUUUCCGUUCGUGCCAUCGAAUAUGCAAAGUGAAGAACUUGUGAACAAUARAUGAAAAAUGGUGUUGAUUUCUUGCUGCUUGAACUCAUCACGUUUUGCCUUUUGUGUUCUGUUAGAAGCCUGAAUCAUUUCAUUUUCUUUAAUGAUUGUUUAUGUUUUAAAAGUGUGAGCUGUCACAUUUGCAUUACAGACUUUCCAGUUUAAGUCAAACUUUGAUCCCCCCACCCCCACCCCUCUCGGAGGCAAAGAAAAAGGAUCGAUUCUGCUCAAGAGCAUCGUGUCUGAACAGAAGGAAUCAGCCGUGCUCUCGAAUAUGGCAAACGUGUAAAUAAAAUCUAAACAGUGUCAUAACUAAGAUGAAGACAAUCGAGCCAUAUUCACAAAAAAAAAAAAAAAAAACCAACACUAAUCCUGACUGGAGGUUUGAAAACAGAGAUCUGCUUUGGGAAGCCGUGUGAAGGCAAAAGGGUUGAUAACACUUUUGUUUUAAUGAUAAACAUUUCUGACAAUGUGGUUUUGAUUAGAAAGGUGGUGAUAAAUAUUAAUGACAACAUAUAGCACAGAUUUAUUCCAGGCACUUUCACGACUCUUUGAGACAGACGUCUCUGUUUUCUGAUUUAUUUUCUAUUAUGUAUCUGCAAUGUUCAUUAAAAGAGAUACUGUUAUUAAUAAUAAAACCACAUUUAUGGUA